CUGAGCGUAACAGGCGAAGUUUGUAAUCACCACCUUUUUUGAGUUUUUCUUUGUUUUUACGGGCUUUGGUGUGGACGGUAGUGUAUGUUUGAGUCACAAAAAACGGUGGGAUUAGUACAACAGCCUUAAAAUGACCAAAGAAAAGCGACACAGGAGAAGGGAAUCUCCGGACCGGGAGUCCAAAGUUAAGAUUAAGCAGGAGAAAGUGAGCCCUGUUAGGCCACAGAGAUCACGCCGCUCCAGGUCGAGAUCCCCCGGCUACUCCAGUCCUCCGAGGCAGGGAACAAGCAGGUCACCUGCCAGAAUGAGGGAUCGCUCUCCGGAUAGAAGAGAGACAUCUCCCGCCAGACGGAGCAGCAGAUCUCCCAGAAAUAGGAGAAGCCGCAGUCCUAAUCGUGGUGCUGAAGUCAGAAUAAAGCGGGAACGGGAGGAGCAUCGGUCUAGUGGUGACGAGCGGAGAAGAAGAAACGACCGGCCAGAGGAAAGGCGGAGCAGGUGGGAAUCAGACAGACCUCAGGAGACAGAGCGUGGUGGAGAGAGACACCGGGAACGAGGCGCUCUUGGAUCCCAACAAGCUGAGAGACGUCAGCACGAUGAGCGACGCAGAGAAAACCGUCAGAGGCGUGAAGAAAACCAAGAGCAAGAUUUUGGACAGUCCGAAGAAGGGAGUGACACAAACGAGCCUCCUGUUGAGAAAGAGAAGCCCAACUUUGGACUGUCAGGCGCCCUCACAGAAGAUACGAACACAUUCCGCGGAGUGGUGAUCAAGUACAACGAGCCACCUGAGGCUCGCAUUCCCAAGCGAAGAUGGCGACUGUACCCUUUCAAGAACGACGAACCUCUUCCAGUCAUGUACAUUCACAGACAGAGUGCCUAUCUGUUGGGGCGGCAGAGAAAAAUUGCUGAUAUUCCCAUUGACCACCCAUCUUGCUCCAAGCAACAUGCAGUAUUCCAGUACAGACUGAUGGAGUUUACACGUUCAGAUGGCACCCCUGGCCGUAGAGUAAAGCCUUACAUCAUUGACUUGGGCUCCGGCAACGGCACCUACCUAAACAACCAGCGCAUUGACCCCCAACGCUAUUAUGAGCUCAAAGAAAAAGACGUUCUCAAAUUUGGUUUCAGCAGCCGCGAGUAUGUCCUCCUGCACGAGUUCUCAGACACAAGCGAGGUGGACGCCAAGCUGGAAGAGGAAGACGAGGGACUCGAUGAGUAAAUUGUUCCCAUAAAACUGUAUUGCUAAAUUUGUUCAGGUUAGAUAACAUCAUCAUUAUCGUCAAAGUUCAACAAAUAGCUGUUUCUGCAGGGAAAGGGACAAUAAAUGGAACUAGUAAACAAAUAAUGGAGCAAGGCUGGUCUGUAUAUUUUGUAAUUACCAAACGAUUGCUUAAACCUGCCUCAACUGUCUAAAAGAAGACUUCCUAUUCUCAGGUUGUUUGUGCAAUGUCUUUGCAUGUCUGAUCUCACAUCUGACAGUGCUCACCAUUUAAAAAAUUAAAAA